AGCCUUUUGCUCUUUCCUUUCAUUAAACAAACAGGAGAUCCUGAAACCUGGACCCUGUGCAAGCUGCAGCGCCAGGAGGAGGCAGCGGCGGAGGCAGAGCGCGGGAUGGGCGCCCAGCGGCAUCUGUGAUCCCGCGCACCUCCGCCCCACGGGCGCGCGCACAAACACUGACACACACAUACACACACUCGCGCACACACUCACACAAACACACACUAGUACACGCCCGCGCCGCGCGCUCGCCGGCUUGCUCUCCCACGCAAGCGGAAUGCAGCAGUGCCUGGAGAGCGUGUCUCGGGCCGCCGCCUGAAUGUACCUCGCUCCCGGGAGCCGGACGGCCCAGUAGGGCGCACUGGAGGACGCUCAGCUGCGGGAGCCUGGACAGUUUUAGACGGUGCAGUCUUGCUAUAUGGUGUGAGAAAUGGCUGUAGGAAACAACACUCAACGAAGUUAUUCCAUCAUCCCGUGUUUUAUAUUUGUUGAGCUUGUCAUCAUGGCUGGGACAGUGCUGCUUGCCUACUACUUCGAAUGCACUGACACUUUUCAGGUGCAUAUCCAAGGAUUCUUCUGUCAGGACGGAGACUUAAUGAAGCCUUACCCAGGGACAGAGGAAGAAAGCUUCAUCACCCCUCUGGUGCUCUAUUGUGUGCUGGCUGCCACCCCAACUGCUAUUAUUUUUAUUGGUGAGAUAUCCAUGUAUUUCAUAAAAUCAACAAGAGAAUCCCUGAUUGCUCAGGAGAAAACAAUUCUGACCGGAGAAUGCUGUUACCUGAACCCCUUACUUCGAAGGAUCAUAAGAUUCAUAGGGGUGUUUGCAUUUGGACUUUUUGCUACUGACAUUUUUGUAAACGCCGGACAAGUGGUCACUGGGCACUUAACGCCAUACUUCCUGACUGUGUGCAAGCCGAACUACACCAGUACAGACUGCCAAGCGCACCACCAGUUUAUAAACAAUGGGAACAUUUGUACUGGGGACCUGGAAGUGAUAGAAAAGGCUCGGAGAUCCUUUCCCUCCAAACACGCUGCUCUGAGCAUUUACUCCGCCUUAUAUGCCACGAUGUAUAUUACAAGCACAAUCAAGACGAAGAGCAGUCGACUGGCCAAGCCGGUGCUGUGCCUCGGAACUCUCUGCACAGCCUUCCUGACAGGCCUCAACCGGGUCUCUGAGUAUCGGAAUCACUGCUCGGACGUGAUUGCUGGCUUCAUCCUGGGCACUGCAGUGGCCCUGUUUCUGGGAAUGUGUGUGGUUCAUAACUUUAAAGGAACGCAAGGAUCUCCUUCCAAACCCAAGCCUGAGGAUCCCCGUGGAGUACCCCUAAUGGCUUUCCCAAGGAUAGAAAGCCCUCUGGAAACCUUAAGUGCACAGAAUCACUCUGCGUCCAUGACCGAAGUUACCUGAGACGACUGAUGUGUCACAAGCUGUUUUUUAAAAUCAUCUUCCAAUUCUAUACUUCAAAACACACAGUUGCUCAAUGUCAAACUGUGAUGACAAAUAUUAUGUUUAUCUAGUUAGAAGCUAAUGUUUUGUACAUUUUUUGUAUGAGGAAGUGACGUAGCUUGCCCUGAUUUUUUUUUUUUUUUUUUUUUGGUCAGCUUUAAUAUAUUUAUGCCAGAAUUUUAAAACCAACAAAAUUUUCUUGUUCAAGCGUGCAUUGAAGAACCACAUUUAUUCAAUGGUUGACGUUGUUUUGUGAUAUUUGUACACAAAUUUUCUUUUCUCAGUUUUAUAAACACAGAAGUAAAUUUAACAAUUCACUUUAAAUUUUUAUUACCACAGUUGCUGCCUCCUCCAGAAUUUUUGAAUUUUAAUAAAAGGCAAACUUUUGAGCUGCAGGAAGGACAAUGUUGGUUAAUAAUAAAUCUCAAAGUCAAUUGUAGAAAAAAAAUUGUCUUCAAAAAGAAUGUUGCACUCUGAUCGCUUAACAAAUUGUUACAUUCAAAGUUUAAAGUGAUAUAUUAACAAAGUCACCUAGUUACACAAACAAUUGUCAGAGAAUUCUGGAUUUGGAGGGUAUUGGGGUUAUAUGAUUCUUUCUUAGAUAAUGGCCUCUACUAAAGAACUCAAGAUCUUUCUGGAAUGUCUUCUGGCAGGCAGGUGUCACUGUCACCUUUUCUCCAAAAAGCAGCCAACAUCAGCCUCCCCUGUCAACUCAACAGUUUUGUAUCUCAUAUUAUAUGGACUUUAUAUGAAAAUGAAUAUUUUACAGUUUGCACAGUAUUAUUUUACAGAAAAGGAAUCAGAGAAUCUACAACAUACGGCCCCAGAGCAACAGUUUUACUUUGUGGCUUUUAAUUAUUCUAGAAUUUUAACUGCAUCUCAUUUUUCUAGCAUGGUGAUAACUAAUAUGUAACUCCUUUGAUUGAAGGAGCUCUUUUAUCCGUACCUAUCAGAAUGUUUUCUUGACACUUCCAUGUUGGCUCUUCUCAGCUUUUUUUGUACAUAUUUUUUUUUCUAAAGAGAAGAAAAAAUUAUCACAAAAUGUAUUCUGGCUCAUGUUUUUUGUCUUAAGCUUUAUCCACAGGACAAAGGUAUUUGAAGAGUCAUGAUGAAGUGAACUCAAGUGUUUACACUGUUCAG